AUGCGAGUAAUAAUCUUGGGCUUUUCAGUGGACAUUCAAGAAACUUCUCGUUCAUCGUGCCAUAUGGAUAGGUUGGCACAGCGCUCUCGGAGCCCAGUAGAGUUCAUGAGGUCGAGUGCAGCUCGCAGCCCGAUUCUCAAUCGGCCAUGCCCACGAGGGGUAAGGUCACCAGAUCGUCGAGCCGACUCCAUAUCAGGCAGCCGAGCCGGCGUCGCACCGGACAAUGCAGCGAAUCUCGAAGCAGGCAUCUUCACCAUCUCCGUGUCCCCAGCCAUCGACAAGGUCGGUCACGUAGCCAUCAACGAGAACGAUUACGCAGUCGUGAACGAAGUCGUUCUCGCAGUACGCCACGCAGCCGGGAGUCAAGAAGAAGCGUUCGCACCCAGAAUUAUCCUAGUUGCCAUCGUGGAAGACUAUUGGACAAUGUGGGGUCUGAAUAAUACUUUCAAUAAGGGUAUAAAUCGAACUCCCGCGGAAGCUCUAUUUGGGGUAAGACCUACGGGAUCCACUGAAAGUAAAAUAAUACAUGAUUUGGACAAGAACAGAGCUAAUAUAAGGGAUGAAAUUAACACUCAUAUUAAAGCAUGCCAACUAAAUCAAAAGGAAUCAUUCGAUAAGCACCGUUGUAUCCCUCCGAAAUAUAAUGUAGGGGAUUUGGUAAGAGUGGAACGCCAAGUACCUGCAACAGGACAGAGCAAAAAACUUGUGCCUAAGUUUCAGGGACCUUAUAGAAUCGCAUCUAUUUUAGACCAUGAUCGCUUUGCCAUAGAAGACACGCCAUUGACUUCAAAGAGAGGAAGAAGCUUCUCGACUAUCGUAGCUAUUGAUAAAAUUAAACCAUGGCUUAAUUUCAAUAGACCACACGUGAGUGGGACAUACUCCAGUGAAUCUGACGAUGAGGAAUCUCGUGAUAAA